AUGUCUACCCACGAGCAUAAGAGAGUUUAUGGAACACAAUACGGAAUACCUGACGACGAUGAGCUCAGCUCAGACGCCCACAGUGGUGAAGAGGAUGAUUGGAAAGCCAUCGAACGGCUUUCGCUGGAAGAUGCGAAAAAACGGAAGCACGGUGAGCUCCUCGUAGCUUCGACAUUGGCGGGAAAUAUCCGCCGGAGAGUCUCUGAGAUUGAAGAAGUUGGGCUCGAAGAGUUGAAGGCGCAAAAGCAGAAAGAGAUAAAUGAAGCGAACAGAAAAGCGUUUGACGCUCAGUGGGCCCUCAUCGAAGUCGAAGACUGGGGGUUAGCGAUUAGAGAAGGCUUGCUGCCUGACGGAACCCCAUUGCAGUUCAGCAAUCACUUCAUCACGCACCUGAAGAGAGCCGUCGAGGCGGCCGAAGCUGCCAUGGCCCUCGCUAAAAUCGCGCUCACAGCUACUCUUCAUAUUUCAUAUUUAGGACUGCUCUCUCGAACUUCAUUCGACCUUCUCGGGGUGCCAUUUUCGAACUUGACAAAGACCUACGAAUGCCUCACGAAGGAACUCCAGGGAUUGGAGAAAAGAAUAAAGAUGUGGAGGGAAAUUGCCGACAAUCGCGGUGUCCCGGUGGGCAAAUGGAAAGGCAGCGCCUCCGAUGUGGAAUUCGACCCAAUGGCAAAUCCCUCGGAUCCGUUUUUUGAAGCGGACGAGGAGGUUCGUAAGAUUCUAACAGAAGAACUUGAGCAAACCAUAAAUAGUGCCACCACAAUUGAUGGAAAGCGCGUUGACGGUAAGGCGAUCCUGGAUCGGUAUUUCAAUUAUUUGAACCAGUAUCGUGACAACUUCUACGCAGCCGUGGGAACGCCAGAGGAAAAGAAGAACAAGCUCCCGAAAAAAGAAAUCGAAAGGAGAGUAGCUGAAAGACAGGAGAAAAGACUUCAAGCGGCCAGAGAGGAAAGGGCCAAGAGAAAGCGGCUUCAGGAAAUCAACGAGAAGAGAAAGGCGAUGAUCGAGGAGAGAAAGGAUAUCAUCAGAAAGGCAGAGAUAGACCGUAAAGACUACGAAGAGAGAAAACGAAAGAGGGAAGCGGGGAGCAAAGAGGAGUUGAGGCUUGGAUUCUAUACACCAAUCGAAGACGAGCCAGAUUUCAAGCGGCUUCAGACUAAGCUACUAAAGACGCCGGAGCCACCAAAGCCACCAAAGCCAGUAACGCCAGUAACGCCAGUGGCACCAGUGGCACCGGAAACACCACCGCAAACACCAAAAUGGGCACUUCCGCCACGACCUUGGCCGAUACCCGAACCAGGAACUGGACCGGUUGAGCCGGCUGAGCCUGUUAAGCCUGUUAGACCGACACCAAAAAUGCCAGACUGGCUCGCAAAACUCGUGCGUGGCGAAAGGGCUGAAUGA